AUGACGAGUGGGGACAGCCCGACUUGGGUUUUCGUCUUUAACUCACCCUACAAGCUGCUGCCAGAUUUUGGUAAAAUUUCAAGAGAAGUGAAGAACUCAUUAGAUGAGUUGGUAUAUAAGGGGGUCCCCCAGCAGAAGGCGGCAUCAGACCCCCCUCGACCUCUCCUGAUCACCCUCCUCACCUGUCCUGAGUCCUCUCUACUGACACCAUGGGGUGCUGUGGCUGUGGAAGCUGCGGUGGCUGCAGCAGUGGCUGCGGAGGCUGCAGCAGUGGCUGCGGAGGCUGCAGCAGUGGCUGCGGAGGCUGUGGUAGCUGCGGAGGCUGCGGAGGCUGCGGCGGCUGCGGGGGCAGCUGUACCACCUGCAGGUGCUACCGGGUGGGCUGCUGCUCGUCCUGCUGCCCCUGCUGCUGCGGCUGCUGUGGGGGCUGCUGCAGUGUCCCCGUGGUCUGCUGCUGCCGCCGCUCCUGCGGGUGCAGCUCGUGCGGGUGCAGCUCCUGUGGGUGCGGGAAGGGCUGCUGCCAGCAGAAGUGCUGCCAGCAGAAGUGCUGCUGCAAGAAGCAGUGCUGCUCCUAGGUGGGCCACCUGUCCUCUGUCCCUGCACAGGAGAUACUGGGAAUUUCCUCUACUCCAUUCACCUGCCCUACCUGUCAUCCUCUGGUAUUCUGAGACUUAG